CGGAUAAACCGGAACCGAUAGGGACGAGACCCAGCGCAGCUCCCUCCGGAGAAGGCCAAACGGGCCCAGCGGCGGUGAGCCGCGAGCGGGCAGGGCCGCAGCCCCUCACCUACGGGCGGCACAGACCAUCUCCAGGAGGGUGGCGAGUUCCGGCGGAGCGGGCGGCGAAGGGGGGAGAGCCCGGCCCGCCCUGCCUGUGCCCCCCCACCGCCGCCAGCGGCCUCCCCUGCCACGGCCCCCGCACUGAGAAGCCGCCUCCCCUCCAUCCGCCGCCAUGUCGGGCCCGCUCGGCAGCCCGGUCGCGCUGCCGCUGCUGCUGUUGGGGCUGGGGCUGCCCGGGCUCCUGCCGGCGCGGCCGCCGGGCGGCGGCGAGCGGCCCCGCUACGAGCCCAGCUGGGACUCGCUGGACGCCCGGCCGCUGCCCGCCUGGUUUGACGAGGCGAAGUUUGGCGUCUUCAUCCACUGGGGCGUGUUCUCGGUGCCCAGCUUCGGCAGCGAGUGGUUCUGGUGGUACUGGCAGAAAGAAAAGAGAGAGCCCUAUGUAAAAUUUAUGGAGGCAAAUUACCCACCUGGGUUCAGUUAUGAAGAUUUCGGGCCACAGUUUACAGCAGAAUUCUUUGACGCCAACCAGUGGGCAGAUAUUCUGAAGGCUUCAGGUGCAAAAUAUGUUGUCUUAACUUCAAAACAUCAUGAAGGCUUUACUUUGUGGGGGUCCAAAUAUUCUUGGAACUGGAACGCUAUUGACGUAGGACCAAAACGAGACCUUGUCGCUGAACUAGCAACAUCUAUUAGAAACAGGACUGACUUGCGUUUUGGGCUAUACCAUUCUCUGUUUGAAUGGUUUAAUCCUCUCUUCCUUGAGGAUGCCACCAAUAUCUUUAAGACAAGAAAGUUUCCAACCAGUAAAUCAUUACCAGAACUCUAUGAAAUUGUGACCAAGUACCAGCCAGAAAUAAUUUGGUCUGAUGGGGAUGGAAAUGCGCCAGAUACUUACUGGAACAGCACUGGUUUCUUGGCUUGGCUGUAUAAUGACAGCCCAGUCCGGGACACGGUGGUGACCAAUGACCGCUGGGGCGUCGGCAGCAUCUGUACACACGGUGGCUUCUACACGUGUAGUGACCGCUACAACCCCGGCCACCUCCUGCCUCACAAGUGGGAGAACUGUAUGACUAUUGACAAGAAGUCCUGGGGCUACAGGAGGAACGCACAGCUUGACGACUACCUCACCAUCGAAGACUUGGUGAAGCAACUUGUAGAAACAGUGUCUUGUGGUGGAAAUCUUUUGAUGAAUAUCGGGCCCACUCACGAUGGUCGCAUCGCCGUGGUAUUUGAGGAGCGCCUGAGGCAGAUGGGUGCCUGGCUGAAAGUCAACGCAGACGCCAUCUACUGGACGACGCCGUGGAGAGCACAGAACGACAGCCUCACGGCAGACGUGUGGUACACUUUCAGCCCUAAAGAAGGCAAAGUGAAUGCUAUCUUCCUUAACUGGCCAGUCUCUGGGACUCUGGAACUUGGUGAGCCACAGGCUAAGCUUGGAGAAACACAGGUGCAGCUGCUUGGCUACAAGGAUCUGCUGAAAUGGGUUGCCCUGGGAGAAAAGGGAAUCGUCAUCGCUCUAACUCAGUUAACUCCGAAGCAGUUGCCAUGUCAGUGGGGCUGGACUUUACAGCUGACUGCCAUAAGCUGAGCCAGUUGCUGGAGCCUUGGGGCAGUAGGGAAGGCUGGCUGGGGCUCUGCCCUGCUUCUCUAACUCUUCCUGGCCUGACAGAGAAACAUUGAUAACUUCACUUUUUUAAUGAAAGGUGGGCUGCUAUUAAAGGAUGGAAGGAAUAUGUCCCUGUGUGACCUGAUCUACGUCAUCCUGCUUUAGUAGGUGUCAUUGGACUAGAUGAUCUCUAAAGGUCCCUUCCACCAACCUCUAGCAGUCUGUGAUUCUAUGAACAAAUCUCACAUGAAAUGAAGCAUGGGGCAGUGAAUCUCUGAAUACAAUUUGUUUCUUGGAACUUGUUUGAAAAGCUGAGCAUCCACCUUGACCGAUCCACGUUUUUUAGUCCCUUCCUUGCCAAGUUAGGGAGAGAACAUGGUGGGAGGGGAAAUACAGGUACUAGACUUUUAAAGCUAUGAGAGGAUGGAGCUAUCUCAAGCUAGUGUUCAAAUCCACCUAAAUCAGCUAUAUACUUCUUUAAUGCCAGAAAUCUAACUUCCACGACACUAUACAAUAAAAACUGUCAGUAUUGGAGAGAAAAGAAGAAACAUUUUCCAGUUGUGUGCAACAACCAGCAGCCGGUAGUUCCAGCUGAGUAAGGUUAGGUAUCUAUGGGAACAGCCCUGUAAUAGUUUGGAAUUCACCACUGAGGCAAUAUCUAUGUACAUCUUAAUUUCUCAUCAUGAAAACCUUAAAGUUCACAUGUUCCUACUAUUGAGUAAUUCUAAUCAUUACUAGGAGAGAAGAGGGAGGGGUUGUUGUUACCGUUUUGCAUGAUUUUUACAUGGUUAAUGCUGCCUCUUUUUUACAGCCCUUGUUUUUACACAGUUACCAGUGUGCCUUCUGGGGACAAUUAAACAAAACAUAUACUGCAA